AUGACAAGUGAAGAGAUGUUGAAGCCCAUUGCGAUUCCGCCUACAGAACCGACCAUGGCACACACUAUGGCCAAAGUGUACUGUCAAAUCAACUCUGCCAAUUCGUAUUGGGAUAAAAGAAACAAAAGCCAAUACACUCCAUCUGGCCCGACUGAAAGUGGGGGUGACCGGAUUAUCAACGGGUACGAUGUCAGCAUCAGGGAUCACCCCUGGGCGGUGUAUUUACUCGUGGAGGACGAGGGGGGAUUGAAGUUCAAAUGUGCCGGAUCCAUUGUGUCUAAAAACCUGGUGGUGACGGCGAAGCACUGCGUGAUCGGAAUGGUGGGGGGAGAGGGCUUCUACGGGGCAGCCAACCUAGAUGAGGGGGAAAAGUUUUCGUUUAAGACAGACAGCGUCACCCAUCACCCCAUGCAAUACGUAGAUGUCGCACUUAUUCAGGUCUAA